ACCACAAGAGACCUAUUUCAAAAAUAUUUUGCUCCGUUUUUCUAUAGCCGUAGGCCUAGGGUUUGCUUUUCCUCUUCUGCAAAUUGUGCGUAACUGUUCGACCACGCCUGCUUCGCGUGAGAGGUGGGAGUUUGGAACGGCUCGCUAAAAGUCUCUUCGCCUUCUCCGUCUCUCCUCCUCCUCCUUCGACGACGUUCCGGAUCGGAAGUCAGGACAGCUCGCUGUUCUUCUGUUGGGUUCGAAGUAACGACGGCGAUGGGAGGGAGCUCGCUCGUCGUUGCGAAGCGCCUUAGGGCUUUCCACAACUCAAACUUUAAGCAAGGCGCGUGCGACAUCUAGCGAGCGAGCGAGAGAGAAGGACAGUUACGGCGAAAUAGGUAGUGAUCGCGAGACUGGUGAGAGCUGGGAACUGUGCAAUUCGAAGAGGGAGGGUCGGCGACUGGAAGAAUCGGUGAGAAGAGAUCAAGAGCUGCGAGGGCUUCUUCGUCCUCAUUUUGUAAUCUUGCUUUGGCAAAGGCUUGAAGUCAGGAAAAUUUGGCUUGGCUUCACUUUUAGUAUUGACAACAUUGCAUGAUUCUGUGCAAUUUGCAAUGGUUCGGCCAGUUAAGAGGGAGCUGAGCAGCACAGAUAGUGCUGAGGUUGAGAAAGUUGUCAUCAUGCAGGGUAACACCGCAGGUGUGAGCAGGCAGGGAGCAUUGGAGAGAAGAGUUCUGCGGUCACGGUACCUUGCUGUUAAGAAUCUCAUUAGCAAUGAGAGGGAUGAUAUCACUAGCCAAGAUUCUAAGAAGUUCAAAUCUAUUAUUAAUGAGGUUGAAGCCUUGCAUGAAAAUGUGAAAAAACCUAGGGAACAAGUGGCAGAUGCAGAGACUUUAUUGGACAUAGCAAGCACGUUGGCAAUAUCAGUUAGAUCUCAAAACAGUGAGGGAGUGACACCGUCAGUUUUUGUUACUGCAAUACUAAAGAACUUUGGCUAUCAAGAACAUAGCGCACAAGCUAAUAAUUCUCAAAACCUGGUUUCUUGGGCAAAUAUCGGCCUUUCUGUCUCGCAUAUUUUCACACCAAUUCCUGGAUGCUGUACAAUGAUUGGACCUAUGAGUAGUGAAAUUAAGCAACGGAAACCUACAGUUCAUAGAAAGCGGACUAAGCCAACUGAAAGCACUCGCCCUGAAGAGAUUGAUUCCAAAGAGAAAGAAACAAAAGCUGAUACUGAUAGUAAUAUGUCAACAAUGUUCGACAUUUUGAAAAAGAAAAGAAGGGUUCGUCUUGAAAGCUUGCUACUCAACAGGUUUUCCUUUGCGCAAACUGUAGAGAACAUUUUUGCCUUGUCCUUUCUGGUUAAGGAUGGGAGAGCUGAAAUCACAGUCGAUGACUCUGGAUCCCAUCUUGUUUCUCCAAGAAAUGCUCCUACAGCAUCAGCGGUGGCUUCUGGAGCGGUCUCUUACCAUCAUUUUGUUUUCAGAUUUGAUUACAAGGACUGGAAGGUGAUGAUGGAUGUUGUGAGAGAAGGGGAAGAGUUAAUGCCCCAUAGGAACCCCCCAAAUGAGUUGUCACAGCCCUCUACAUUUCAUGGGGAUAUUGAAGCCAAUGCACAUUCAACACCAAUCAGAAAGCUGACUCGAAAUCGCGGCCUUGUUGUACAGGACGAUUCGAUUGUAGAGGAUUCAUUGGAAAAAGAACCUCCUUGCAAGAAGACUGCACCAUCACUCAGAGGAAAACGUCUCUGCAUCUGAUACUGAGCUUCAUUUUUAUAUCAUGACAAGCAUGCUUUAAACCAUCACAAGAGUAUAUUAUAGCACAUAGAUUUUUUGUCUCUGUAUGGAGUUAUUUUGUUGCUUGUCAUAGAACUCUAAUUCUAACCAUGGGUUAUUAGGUAUGAGCUAUUAAAAGGUAAAGUGGUCAGAGCUCUAUUGAGAAUGCUAACUUGUAUGUCCAUUUUUUGAUGGUAAUGUCGUUUUUUGGUAUUUUGUUUUCAGCCCUAUGAAAUGUAAAUAUUCAUUGAUAGUAAAUUAUUUUUUGGUCACUUAUGUUUUGGAAGUGAUGGAAAGAACAUUGUAA